AUGAGGAGGACAAUAGCAAGUGAAUUGUUCCCCAAGACAGCAACUACAUAUGCUGAGGACAGAGAAGAAAUCCAAACAUCCCCUAUAGAGAAAUUUGAAAUUUAUAAAUUCGAUGUGCAGUAUGAAGAAACAACAAAUUACAGAACAUGGAAAGAUGUUCCUUUAUCCCCAGAAUCUAAAGAAAGAAAGAAAAAACGCAGCCAUCCAAGCAAGAAAAACCGAGAAACUGUAGUCGAAUAUAAUGCAGAAUAUGGGGAACAAGAGAGUGAGACAGAUUCUGGAAAGGAUUCGUAUGAGUCUAGUAGCGAGUUUGAAAAACCAGCGAAAAAACCGUUUGACUAUGAGGCACCUGAAUACCAAAAUUCUCAGAUUGACAUAACAAGCGAUAGUGGCUUUGAAACGUUUGAUGUUGAAUCUAAUUUUGAGCAUGCACUUUCUGUGACUGACAGGAGACUAAGCAAUAGUGAUUUAGUGAUUUUUGGUAUUACCCUUAAAGAUAGAUUUAAAACUAGUUCUCAGAAAUACAAAAAAAUUGCAUCAUUCCAAUAUCAGAAAGAAAGAACCAAGGAAGAGCUUCUUCUCUUAUUAAAUCGGGAUAAGAAUAAAUACAAACGUUGCAUUAUUGAAUUAGAAUCAGCUCAUAAAGCGACUUGCAAAAAUUUAGAUUUGACAGAUGAAAUAAAGGAAAUACUUAUUUCAGGAAGAUCUAAAUGUGGGCGAAGUUUCACCGACGACGAGGUCGUGGUUGAGAUUCUCGGAGAAUCCAAAGCACAGACUACUUAUACUCCCAGGCUGAAAAGAGAUCAGGCAAAAGAAAGGAUAGACAAUAACAUUUAUGGAAAAGUGAUAGGAAGGCUACAAAGAAACAGAUAUGGAGAUUUAGAACAUCCAGUUUUGAUUUGUACUAAAGAUGAAUUUGCAAAUCACUUGAUGGAACCAUUAUGUAAAACUGUCCCAAAAAUUAAUGUCUCGCACGAAUUUUGCCAAAACAAAUAUCAAGUAGAUUUGUUUUCGUAUGAUGCAAAAAGAAAUGUUGUGGAAUAUCGAGAGACGCUUGACAUUAAUCAUGCUUACAAAAAGUCAUAUUGCUAUCUUGUAGCAAUAAUAUCUUGGGAUAAUAUGUAUCCAUUUGGAAUAACAUUGAAGGUAAUCAACACAAGAGGCGAUAUCAAAUCAGGUAUUGAAAUUCUUCGACUUCAAUACCGUGUUCCUUCUACGUAUUUUACUGUAAAGACAGAAGGUAUUGCAAGGAUUCUACAAUCAAAAGGUAACAAACCCUUAGAAAAUGAGAAAGUGAUAACGGUUUUCACAAUACACGACGGACAGGGUCCGAUAGAGACUGCUUAUAGUAUUACAACGUUGAAAUCUGGAUUGUACCGCAUUGGUAUUCACAUUGUUGAUCCUUCUUUAACAAUUGAAAAAGGAGAUAUUCUUGACACAGAAGCGCAAAGACGAGGAGCAGAUUUUUAUGUUAACAAAGAUGUUGAACCCGUAUACAUGAUACCAGCAAGUCUGAGUCGUGAACUUUUCAGUAUUGAGCUUGGCAAGGAAAGGCAAACUUUGACAGUUUUCUUUACUGCCUCAGUUGUUGAUGAUCUUCCAUCGUACCACAACUUCGAAUUUCCAAGAAAUGUGGAAAAGUCAUGGGUGAAAUCUGAGAAACAAUACAGUAUACAAGAUGUUCAAACACUACUGAAGACAAAAUGUUUGGAUGAUGACAUCCGUAAGCUCUACCUUGUGUCAGAGCAGUUAAGAAAACAAAGGAUCGGGAAUGCCUCAUUUUUCACUGAUAUUAACAAAAUGUUUCCCUAUGAGAAACACAAUUUCAUUGAGUGUAUGGAUGCUUUUUUAUUAGUACAAGAGAUGAAAAUUUUUGCAAACCAAACGGUUGCAAGCUUUUUGUUUGAAAAGUAUCCCGAUUGCUUACCAUGCAAAUGUCAUGAUCCUCCCUCACAAAGCGUUAUUAUGAAGUGGAAAAAAGCUCAUGGUGAUCAUAUGGAGAAGAUUUUAUUCAGUCUUCAGGAUUGUGAAAUGUCAGUUAAUGCCCGGUGCACAAUUUUUGACAGAAGUUUGGAUCGAUUGAGGUAUAGAAACGUUAUACCGGUACAAAAGAAUGUAUGUGAAAUACUGCAAGAAUCAUAUACAUCAAAUCAAUUUGACAAGUUUCAGCUUGUUCUUGGAGCGGACGAAAUACAUCCAAUGCAAGCUCUAGCAUUAGAGGAAUGGCUUGAAAUUCAAAAAAAUGUUGAAUACAGAUGUCCAGUGAAGAAAAAUGAAGCUAAUCAUUUUGGAUUACGUGUCCCUAUCUACACGUCGUUUACUGCGCCUCUUAGUCGUUAUAUUGAUCUCGUAGUGCACAGAUUGGUGCAUGCAGCUUUGGCAAAUGUCAGACAGCCACCGUACUCUAAACCUGAAAUCCGGUCGAUUUGUACAGAAAUGAACAGCGUAUAUCGGAGAAGAAAACAAUUUAGGAAUGAAUGUCUCAAAUUAUUAUUUAGUAAUUUACUCAAUACUGUUCCCUGUACAUUUAAUGGCUUUGUUCAUAAUGUUUCUGACAAGGACAUUGAAUUGAUAAUUCCUACUUUGAGAAAAUUACCGAGAACCAGUAAGUUGUUACCAAUUAACUUGUUACAUUCGAAGCAAAAACCAGAAUUUACGAAAGAUUUCCUAAGUGAUCGUUAUAUGUUAACAGUUAAAUGGCAAAAUCGCAUAUAUUCACGGAAAAGAAAAAUAAGGAAUUUACCACACAAAAUGGAAUACUUCAAAAUCAAUCCUCAUCAAAACGUAAAAUUUCAUAUUUUGAAAAACUGGGUAAAUAUAAUAAGAGCGCUUUUGAAUAAAGAAACUCAUUCAUUAAUGAUGACUGAAGAACAAUUUAUUUCAAACCAACAAAUACCUGAAUCGUGGAAUACUGUCAAUGACGUGAGCUCAGAGAUAUGUAGUGGAAACUUUGCACAACAGAAUUGCAAUUAUAGUCUUUCUUUCAAUUAUGGACAAAUAUUAGUCAUCCAGAUGUACGCAGAGUCUAGAAAGGGAAUUAUGACACCUCUGCCUCAGCUAGUUGACAUUACACCAAACGUUAAAAUAUGUUUACAACACCUGCGAAAUCCCCUUGGUGUUUUGUCUUUGGUGGCCACAAAAUCUGCAAAAGAAAAGUACUCUUCCUGCAAAGAGUAUAUAGACAUCUGGAUGUCAAUUUUUUCCAUGGAAGUUGCUAAACAAACUGUUGACGACGAUUCAUUUACAAUAAAUGAUUUGCCACUUACAUUUCGAAAAAGAAGUGGAGCCUUUUCUCUCCAUUGUUCCUUCUUGGAAAAACGUGAUAUUGAGUUCGCGACUUAUUCCGUCGACCUUUUGAAUGUAGAGCAGGAUGUAAACAACAGCAAUGAAAAUGAACGUUUCUACUUGUAUGGAUCUGAUUAUCUGUGCAUUAGGUGUCCCUUGGAAACACCGACUGAUGUUGUUACAAGUUUUGCUAAUGGGGCUAUUUCUCCACGGUACAGGUAUUGGAUCUCUCAUGCUCAAGUACAAGAUGUCCAGUUAAAAACAGAAAAAAACGAAAAAGUGGUUAGUGUGAAGUUUCUUUAUCACAGCAAAAGUCCUCCGAUACCACAAGAAGUGCUGAACAAAAAGAAAGAGUGUAGUGUAGAAAUAUUACCAAAAUCUAAUAUCAACAGGACAACCGAGUUGUAUGUGAAAUGGCUGGGAGAUGCAUCGGAGCUUGCUAAAGCUAUUGCAUUAAGAAGACGUCCCCCUGUUCUCGACAAAAUACACAAAGAUAUGGGGGAGAUAGCGCCAAGUCUACAAGUUCCAGAACUCCUAAUUGUCUACAAUAAUAAUCAAAGAAGAGCAAUGAAAAGAGCACUUUCUUCCAGCUUUUCCUUAAUUCAAGGCCCUCCAGGUGCAGGGAAAACAUUCACAGGAGUUGCAUUGGUUCGUCUUUUCUGUUCCAUCAAUCAAAAGUAUUUUGAAAUGAAAGGUGGAAACAAACAUUUAGUGGUAUUUUGUGGAUCAUCCAACAAAUCUGUUGAUUUAGUAACAGCUUCUUUAAAGGAAGUGUUUCAGCACCAGUUGAAAAUUCUUCGAAUGUAUGACAGAGCAGUAGAAUGUAAAGAAUUUCCAAUACCAGGCAAAACAUUUUCAAUGAAACAAACUGAAUGUGCACCUGAUGAAUCUCUUCGUGACCUCACACUUCAUCACAUCAUUCGGAAACCUGGAAAUGAAUACGCUGAAAAGAUAAGGGAUUUUGAUAGGAAAUUCAAACUUGGGAAAACAGUAGAUUAUCAAGACGUAAAGCAGUACAAUAUACACAUCGCUAGAGCUAUGAAGGAGGAAAUACCAAAAUAUGACGUCAUUUUAUGCACAACAGCCGUUGCUAGAAGUUUGCGACUAUUGACUGCUACAGGUAGAUCCAUUUAUCAGCUUCUGAUUGACGACGCUGGUAUGUUUACAGAACCAGAAUGUGUAUCAACAAUUGUUGCUACCCAAGCAAAACAGGUCGUUUUGCUAGGAGAUCAUAAACAGCUUCAACCAGUUGUCUUAUGUGAGGAAGCUAGAGAGCUGGGACUUCAGAAAUCCUUGUUUGAGCGCUAUGCUGAAUCUCAAAAGUCAGAUAAAGUCCUUACUCUUCUAACUAAUCAAUACAGAAUGCAUCCCAGCCUAUGUCGCUUCCCAUCCAAGGCAUUUUACGACAUGAAAGUGAUAACCCAGAAGUCUCCAAAAUGGGAAAUGUUACAGCCACUUGGCAUGUGGCACAAUCCUAAAAAUCCUUUAAUCUUUUGUCACAUAGAAGGGGAAGAGGAGUACCUCGCAAAUGCAACCGAAGAAGGCAAUGAGAUGCCCAGAUUUAACAAGGCUGAGAUUGAUCAAGUGGAAAAAGUGUUCCAUCAUUUGGUAAAAAAAGAAGGAAUAUGUUCUGCAGACAUCAACAUCAUGUCCCAGUACAACGCCCAGUGCAGUAAAAUCCGAGAGAGACUUAAAAAACAUGUCCAGCAUGUCAACACGGUUGUGGCAAGUCAAGGUGGAGAAUGGGACUAUGUUAUAUUUAGUCUGGUAAGGUCCUUACCAGAGUACAGAAUCGAACCCCAUCCAACAAUGGGAUGGUGUAAGGAAAACCUGGGCUUCAUCACAGAUUACCAUCAGAUAAAUGUGGCACUUACUCGAGCAAGAAAAGGACUUGUCAUUAUUGGUAACGAAAGGCUUGUACAAUGUGAUGGUAUUUUCAAGAUGCUGUUGAGUGAAUAUGCACGGCAUGGGUGUAUACUGGAUGCUGAAAAUUUUCCACCAAAGAAAAAGGUUCAAAAAAGGGCUUGAAUUCCUCAAAAUUGCGUUAUGAAAACACGAAAGAUCUAUUCACUUAACAUGCAUAUCAUGCAUGAAUGUAUAGACGAUGCUGAAAAUUUACCACCAAGAAAAGUGAUCAAGGAAGGACUUGAACUUGUUGAUAUUUUUUUUACCAGAGAAAACACUGAUAUUUUUUUUUUCAAAAUUAAUCUACAUUUACUGAACUUACAAUAAACAUUUAUAUCAUGAAUUAUGAGACAUAAACUAUAUAAUUUUAUCACAUGCAUCUACUUUCAUCAAAUGAAUAUUAAUUACGACCUUACUUAUACCUGCCUUUUUGUCAAAUGUACCAAGUCAAAAUAUUCCUGUGCAUUUUUGGAAUAUUUUGAUAAAGGAAGGUCAUAAUUGUAGAGAUCAUAGAAAAAUGUUUUUACUUGAUGAAUGAGAGAAAUUUAUUGUCCCUUGAAUCUCUUCUAGGAUGAAAAUUCUCGCAUUUUUAUCCUUCUUGAAACAUUACCAUAUUAAUGUUCUUCAUUGUGUACAACUUAUUGUUAUUUGAUAAACUUUGUAUUG